AUGUCGUACAGAAACGCGUCCAGCAGCAAGCUCACGACGCAACCCACUGGGAUUACCGAGUUCCUCCGCGAGGACGAAGAAGACGGCACCCCAGCAGGGGAGUCUGCACCUGGUUCCUCAUCCUCUGCCCAUAAAGACUGGGAUGAACAACUCGCUAUCAAAUACUACGAUAGUCUUUACCGCGAAUUCGCCAUCUGCGACCUCAAGCAUUUCAAAUCCGGAAACAAGAGCGCCUUGGUUAAAGUGGUAUUAUGCCCGCGAUGCGUCAAGAAGUUGAUGUGGAAGAGGACGAAGGAGAAGGAGCGGGCUGCUGCUGCCGGCAGGGACGGGGAGCUUGGUCACGAGCAAGAGGACACGAGGGAGGAUCACUAUGAGAGCGAGCGAGCGAGUCAUCGCCAUCGCCGCAGUUCAAUGGAAAAAGAAAGAGGAAGGUCCAAAGGAGGCGAGGAUGGGGGUGGUGGCGGAGUCUCGGAAGAUGAAUCGCGAAGAAGAAAGAGGCGACGGUCGCGAGAGCGUUCCUCAGAUCGGAAAGGGAAAGAGGGUGGCGAGCGACACUACCAUAGAGAAUCAGAGCGUCACAGGAGUCGAGGGAAGGAGAGGAAGGAGCGUUCACGGUCCGAAGACGAAUCUCACCGCAAGAGGCGACGCCAUUCUCGAUCUCGCUCCCCACAUCGUACCCGACACACAUUGAAAGAAUGA